AUGGCUCUUUAUCCGAGUUUCGAGAGUCUUACUAUAGGGAAAGAAGUAAAAGCCCAGAAUGAGUUCGCUCAAUCGCUUGCCACUUCGGUUAGGCAGGACCCGAGUGCUACUGUUCGGGCAAACUAUGGGGAAUUGGCUAUGAACUUCCUCGGCUUGGAUCUUUCCCGGGUGAUCUAUGACCAAUAUGGAAAUGCUAUUUACCCUGACCCCAGUUGUCCAGAAACAGCCGUCGCAUCAGCUCCAGGUUCUGCGGUCGCGCCACCUCCAGGAUCUGCAAUCGCAGCUCAGCCUGGCCUCUCUGGACCACUUGUGAAACUGAAUCCAGCCAUUGUAACUAACGCCGUGCGCGAACUCACUUUACAAAAGGACAAGAAAGGCAGGCUGGGCAUCCAGCUCCGUGACCUCGAUGGCGGUAUCAUCGUUUCCUACGUUGAGUGUGAGGGUGGUGCUGCAUUAAGUGGACUUCGAUUUGGCGAUCAAGUUCUGUCCAUCAAUGGAGUUGUUGUGGCCGGAUUUUCAGGUCCCAAAGCCAUGGAUCUAGUAAAGCAGUCUCCAUCAACUGUCGUUUUCGUCAUCCGAGAUCGGCCCCUUGAAAGGAACGUAACACUGACCAAGAGUAGUAGUGGAACCGUCGGAAUUGUGGUCAAACAUGGAAAGGUUUCUGCCAUCGUUAAGGAUUCCAGUGCAGCUAGAAAUGGUGUCCUCAUUAAUAACCACAUUCUGGAAGUUAACGGAAGAAAUGUCAUUGGUAUGAGUGACAAGAGGAUUGCGAACUACCUGGACUCAAUAGGCCCCACCAUCAACAUCACUCUCAUGCCUUCGUUCUUCUAUGACCACCUUAUUAAGAAACUGGGACGGUCCGACCUCAAGAACAUGGACCGAUCUGCGCCUGUGGUCUAG